AUGGGACAAGAUCAAGUGUUACUAAAGAAAAAAGUAGAAAGGACCAUUGUUGUCUUACUCGAGAAAGAGGAGGUAAUGUGGCGGCAGCGUUCCAGGGUUGCUUGGUUAAAGGAAGGGGACAAAAACACCAGGUUUUUUCACGAAAGAGCCAACACAAGGGAACGGAAAAAUACAAUAAAAGGGUUGUACGACGACGAUCAUUUUUGGCAAACAGAUAAGCAAGUUAUUGGUUCGAUGUUCUACAAUUUUUUCAAUGAUUUAUUUUCUACUUCAGGUGGCAGGGAUAUAGAGAGAGUCUUACAAGUGAUUGAGCCAAAGGUGACACAUAAAAUGAAUUACCAAUUACUCCAACCUUUUACUAGAGCAGAUGUGGAGACUGCUUUAUUCAACAUGUAUCCUACAAAGGCACCGGGGCAUGAUGGAAUGCCGGCUCUUUUUUAUCAACGUUACUGGCACAUUGUAAGGGACGAGGUAUCGCACAAGUGCUUGCAGAUAUUGAAUGGAGAAAGUAGUGUCCAAGAAUUUAAUCAUACUCUAGUCUCCUUAAUUCCUAAGGUGCAAACACCUUCCAGAGUGACUGAAUUUCGACCAAUAAGUCUGUGUACAGUGAUUUACAAAAUUAUUGCAAAGGCUUUUGCAAAUAGACUCAAGUGCUUAUUGCCUUCCGUUAUCUCCGAGUCGCAAAGUGCUUUUGUACCACAACGUCAAAUUCUUGAUAAUGUGAUGGCAGCUUUUGAGACAAUGCAUUUUAUGAAAGGCUUGAAGAUGGGACAACAAACAAAGAUGGCUAUUAAACUUGAUAUGGAUAAGGCUUAUGAUCGAGUAGAGUGGUCCUUUUUGCAAGCAAUAAUGUUGAGAUUGGGAUUUGCUUCAGAGUGGGUCAAACGAAUAAUGGAUUGCUUAACAACAGUUACCUUUUCGGUGCUUUGGAAAGGUAAUCCAUUCGGGCAUGUUGUUCCUCAGAGACGGUUAAGACAAGGGUGUCCUCUUUCACCAUACUUAUUUUUAAUGUGUGCUGAAGGCUUUUCAAGGUUGUUGCAGAAUGCUGAAAUGAUAGGGAGUUUGCGUGGGAUUCGAAUUGCUCAUGGAGCUCCAUCAGUCAAUCAUUUAUUUUUUGCCGACGAUAGUAUUCUCUUUCUUGAUGCAACUAAAGAAUCAUGUGAAACAGUGAAGGAUAUAUUUCAAGUGUAUGAGGAGACUUCUGGGCAAAAGAUCAAUCUUACAAAGUCGGCUUUCAGUUUGAGCCCAAAUGCUACUGCUGUUGAAAAACAAAUAGUUUUGGAUUUACUGGAAAUUCCGUUGGUGUCUUGCCAUGAAAAAUAUUUAGGUUUGCCUAUGGUGACAGGUAGAGGAAGAAAGCAGAUUUUCGGGACUGUCAAAGAUCGAAUUGGAAAACGAAUUAGUGGGUGGAAGGAAAAGCUCCUAUCUAGAGCUGGUAAAGAGGUCCUGAUUAAAGCUGUGUUACAGGCUAUGCCCACCUACUCGAUGAGCUGCUUUCAGAUGCCUAAGGGGAUGUGUAAGGAACUUCAUGGCUUAAUGGCUAAAUUCUGGGGGUCUAAAAGUAAGAAUAUGCGGGGUAUUCAUUGGACUAAAUGGGAGACAUUAUGUGUGAGCAAGCAGAUUGGAGGAUUGGGAUUUAGAGACCUUGAGGCUUUUAAUCAAGCUCUUUUGGCAAAACAAAGUUGGAGAUUAUUCUUUAAUUGCAAUUCCUUGGUAGCGAGAAUUUUCAAGGCCCGAUAUUUUCCGCAUUGUAAUUUUUUAGAAGCUGGAUUGGGGUAUUGA